AUGUCGUCAUCGAAUGCAACUAUAGAUUUUAGUGCAUACUUGAACAAUGCAUCAAAUCUUCUCAAUCGUUAUCUACCUAUUUUCAUCUAUAUUUUUGGUACGGCUGGUAAUCUUCUCAAUGUUCUUGUCUUGAGUCAACGAACUCUUCGUUCAAAUACAUCUGCUAUUUUCUUACUUAUCUCAUCAAUCGCUGGUCUCAUUGUUAUUCUUAGCGGUCUCACCAGUCGAAUGAUGUCUGGUUAUACAACUGAUCUAACAUUGACUAUCGGUUGGAUUUGUAAGCUUCGAAAUGUUGUCCUAUAUAGUUCAAGAACAAUCAACUUAAGCAUGAUUGCUUUAGCAGCUAUCGAUCGAUGGUUAUCAUCUAGUGUCCAUCAACAUUAUCGACAAAUGAGUACUUUAAAAAAUACUUGGCGAAGUAUGUUUGUGGUUCUAAUUUAUACGUGCAUUCUCAAUACUCCAAUAAUCUACUGUUAUGAAGCUAAUCUAAAUUGGACUCUACGUCGAUGUUAUGGCUCAACGUAUGCUUGUCGUCUCGCAACAGAUCUUAUAUAUGCAUUUGGUACGACAUUAUUGCCAUUAUUGUUGAUGAUCAUCUUUGGUUUGAUGACCAUAAAUAAUGUGCGUUGUAUACGUAGUCGAAUAAAAACGGUGACUGAAAUGGUGAUCAGUCAUACAAAUAAGAGUAUUGCAACAAACAAAAACGGACAACUACGUGCAAGAAAAACAGAUCGGCAUUUACUUAUAAUGCUUCUCGUACAAGUCAUUUUGCUAGUUUUAUUCACAUGUCCUCAUGCUAUUCAAAAAGUAUAUUCGUCAUUUGCUUCGAAUCCACCGCCUCAAUCAUUGCAAAGCGCUAUUGAAACCUUUAUCUUUGAUUUCUUCACACUUCUUACAUUUAUCGCCAGUGGAAUGCCUUUUUAUAUUUAUACAUUAAGUGGCGGCAGUGUAUUUCGAAAUGCACUUCUCAAAUUAGUCAAAACAUUUAUUCAAAAGAUCCUAUACCGUUACUCUUUGAGAGCUUUUCAAAUUUCCAAAUAA